GUGCUGGCCUUUGAGAUCUUCAUCCCACUGGUCCUCUUCUUCAUCCUCCUGGGGCUGAGGCAGAAGAAACCAGCUAUUCCUGUCAAGGAAGUAUCUUUUUACAGCGCUGCCCCCCUCACCUCCGCUGGCAUCAUUCCUAUCAUGCAGUCAUUGUGCCCCGACGGACAGAGGGAUGAGUUUGGGUUCCUGCAGUACAAGAACUCAACGGUCACCCAGCUGCUGGAGAGGAUCAGCGAGGUGGUGGAACAGAACCGGCUGUUCACCUCGGACCGACCCGGUUUGGGCAAAGAGCUGGAGAACCUGCAGCAGCACCUGGAGAGUCUGAGCUCCGCCCCUUUACCUGCAGACCACGACUUCAACAGCAGCCAAGGUUUCGUACUUGCGAGCGUGUUGAAGAACCAGACGUCUUUCCAGCAGUUCCUGGUAAAGAACCUGUCCCUGUCGGACGCCACGGCCGGCCUGCUGCUCAACACGCCCAUCAGCCAGAGAGAGGUUUACAGCCUCCUCUUUGGAUCGGCUCCCAAAGACGGAGGAGGGGCUCAGAGUUUGAUUCAGGGCGCCAAAGACCACAGUCCUGGAGGAAAAAUACACUAUCUGGAGGAGAAGGUUCUGGGUGGAGUACACAGUCUGGAAGGAGGCCUCAUUCACAAAGCUUUACAAGAUCCAUCAAAAGCAGCCCACAGACAGGCUCUGCUCAAACUGAUGUCCCGCGCUUUAGGUCUGUCCGACGUCACAGGAAACCAGAGAAACGACCAGCAGGGCCUGAAGGAGGCAGAGGGGGUCCUUCUGACUGGUGCCAUGUUGGAAGUCCUAACCUGUGGGGAAGGCGGGGCUACUGAGCUCAGUAAGAUCCUAUUGGUCCCCGAGAAGCAGCGUCCGGUUCUUCAGACCUACCGUAAUGUACUGUGCAGCGGAGGAGAAAGUCAACGGGCCGAACGCUUCAAACAGAUGAGUCUGGAACUGAGGGAUCAGAUCAACACACAGAGUGUCACUGAGAAGCUCCAUCUGGAACAGCCCAGCUCCCUGGUCCCUCUGUCCCAGUCCCACCUCGGGGCUUUACUGAAGGACCUGGCCGACGUGGAGCGGCUCCUCAAGGACGUGGACCUCCUCUCCAGCCUGGCCCGCCUGCUGCCCAAAGGGGCCUGUGCGGGUCGAAACGCCCCCUCCCCUACCAACACCACGUGGCCUCUGAACGCCACCACCUGGGGCCCGAACACGACGGACGUCCCCGGUGAGGAGGGCGAGGACGGAGCGGGGAAAGGGAAAGAGAACGCAGACAACCCUCACUCUCAGUUUUCAGCCUUUGUGCAGCUGUGGGCCGGACUUCAGCCGAUCCUGUGUGGAAACAACAGGAUCAUCGAGCCAGAAGCAUUGAAACAGGGCAACAUGAGUUCUUUAGGAUUCACCAGCAAAGAACAGAGGAAUCUGGGCCUACUGGUUCACCUGAUGACUGCAAAUCCCAAGAUCCUCUACUCCCCCAUCGACUCGGAUGCAGAUAAAGUCAUUCAGAAAGCAAAUGAGACGUUUGCCUUUGUUGGGAACGUGACCCACUACACCCGGGUUUGGUUGAACAUCUCGGCUCAGCUGAGGACGUUUGUGGAGGAGGGUCGUCUGCACAGCCAGCUGCUGUGGCUGCAGCAGCUUUCCUCUGAGCUUCGGCAGCACCCGGAGCUGUUGAACGACACAGACAGCGAGCUGAUGCAGGGUCUGAUGGAGGGAAACUACAGCCUCCCAAACACCUCCACCCUCCUGGAGCAGCUGGACACCAUCGACAACGCCGCCUGUGGAUGGACGCGCUUCAUGUCCAAGGUCAGCGUUGACAUUUUCAAGGGUUUUCCUGACGAGGACAGUAUUGUCAACUACACCCUGAACCAGGCCUACCAGGACAAUGUGUCUGUGUUCGCCAGUGUCAUCUUCCAGACUAAGAAGAACGGCUCGCUGCCUCCACAUGUCCUGUACAAAAUCAGACAAAACUCCAGUUUCACCGAAAAAACCAAUGAAAUCAGACGAGCCUACUGGCGCCCCGGGCCCAACACCGGUGGGAAGUUCUACUUCCUGUAUGGAUUUGUGUGGAUCCAAGACAUGAUCGAGAGAGCCAUCAUCAACACAUUUGUGGGUCAUGAUGUGGUGGAGCCUGGAAACUACGUUCAGAUGUUCCCCUACCCCUGUUACACCAGAGACGAUUUCCUGUUUGUGAUUGAGCACAUGAUGCCGCUGUGUAUGGUGAUCUCCUGGGUUUAUUCAGUGGCUAUGAUGAUUCAGCACAUUGUAGCUGAGAAGGAGCAUCGGCUCAAGGAGGUGAUGAAGAUGAUGGGUCUGAACAACGCCGUCCACUGGGUGGCCUGGUUCAUCACUGGUUUUGUGCAGCUGUCCAUCUCCGUCACCGCCCUCACAGCCAUCCUGAAGUACGGCCGGGUGUUGCUCCACAGCGACCCCUUCAUCAUCUGGCUCUUCCUCACCAUCUACGCCGUGGCCACCAUCAUGUUCUGUUUCCUGGUGUCCGUGAUCUACUCCAAAGCCAAACUGGCGUCGGCGUGCGGAGGAAUCAUCUACUUCCUGAGCUACGUUCCCUACAUGUACGUGGCCAUCAGGGAGGAAGUGGCCCACGAUAAGAUCACCGCCUUCGAGAAGUGCAUCGCUUCCCUGAUGUCCACCCACCGCCUUCGGCUCGGCUCCAAAUACUUUGCGCUGUAUGAGGUGGCAGGCGUCGGCAUCCAGUGGCGGACCAUCAGCCAGUCUCCGUGUGAGGGUGAUGACUUUAACCUGGGUCUGUCCAUGAUGAUGCUCAUUAUCGACGCUGGCGUCUACGGCGUCCUCACCUGGUACAUCGAGGCCGUGCAUCCAGGUAUGUACGGGCUGCCUCGUCCGUGGUACUUCCCCCUGCAGAAGUCCUACUGGUCGGGCAGUGGGCGGAUGGAGACCUGGGACUGGCCCUGGUGUGGAGGUGGGACAGCCAGACUCAGCGUGAUGGAGGAGGACCAGGCCUGUGCCAUGGACCAGAGAAGAUCUGAGGAGAUGCGGGGCAUCGAGGAGGAGCCGAGUCAUUUACCACUUGUUGUUUGCAUCGACAAACUCACCAAGGUUUAUAAGACCGGCAGCAAAGUGGCCCUGAACAAACUGAGCCUGAACCUCCAUGAGAACCAGGUGGUCUCCUUCCUGGGACACAACGGAGCCGGGAAGACCACCACCAUGUCCAUCCUGAGUCUGUUCCCGCCCACCUCUGGCUCGGCCACCAUAUAUGGUCACGACAUCCGCACGGAGAUGGAGCGGAUCCGACAGAACCUGGGCAUGUGUCCUCAGCACAACGUCCUGUUUGACAAACUGAGCGUGGAGGAACAUCUGUGGUUCUACUCCCAACUCAAAGGCAUGGCAGAAGAAGACAUCCGCAAGGAGAUGGACAAGAUGAUCGUCGACCUGGAGUUAUCCAACAAGCGCCACAGCCUGGUGCAGACCUUGUCCGGGGGGAUGAAGAGGAAGCUGUCGGUGGCCAUCGCCUUCGUCGGAGGCUCCAGAGCCGUCAUCCUGGACGAGCCCACGGCGGGGGUGGAUCCGUACGCACGCCGGGCCAUCUGGGACCUCAUCCUCAAGUACAAACAGGGUCGGACCAUUCUGCUCUCCACCCACCACAUGGAUGAAGCCGACCUGCUGGGAGAUCGCAUCGCCAUCAUCUCACACGGGAAACUCAAAUGCUGCGGCUCUCCGCUCUUCCUGAAGAGCACCUACGGAGACGGAUACAAACUGACGCUGGUCAAAAAGCAGAGCGAAGGCAGAGGCCAGGGCAGUCAGCUGCAGUCUCCCUCGUCCCUGUCCCCGUCCUCCUCUCUGUCGCCUUGCUCAGAGGCUCGGGUCACCCAGUUUAUUCGUCAGUUCGUGGCGUCCUGCCUGCUGGUGUCCGACUCCAACACUGAGCUGUCCUACGUCCUGCCGUCCGAGGCCGUCAAGAAGGGCUGCUUCGAGAGACUCUUCCAGGCGUUGGAGCAGAGUCUGGACAGUCUGGCUCUGACCAGCUUCGGCGUGAUGGACACCACCCUGGAGGAGGUCUUCCUCAAAGUGUCUGAGGAGGAUCAGUCUCUGGAGAACAGUGACGCUGACAUGAAGGGCUCCCCGGGGGGCAGCUCGGUGGGGAAAUCCUCAGUGGGCUCAGGAGGUCUGGGGGGGCCGCAGGGUGAAACCGGGCCCUCAGCGGAGAGCGAGAAGCCGGAGGUGGAGCUGAGUAAUCUGGUGAUGUGUUCAAAGCUGAGUCAGAGCCAGUCCUCUCUGAAAUCCUCCUCAUCCGUCGGCUCCGUGAGGGGGGACGAAGGGGGGCCCUACGCAGAGUUCUACGGAGAGUACUGUCCGCUCUUUGAAAAUGGACAGGAGUCCGACUCUGCCAGCCUUCGGGGGGACUUGGAGAACCCACCGUCCCCAGAGCCCGAGGUCCUGGAGGGGCAGGGCAGCUUCAAACUGGAGGGCUGGUGGCUGAAGCUGAGCCAGUUCCACGGCCUGAUCGUCAAACGGUUCCAUUGUGCCAAGAGGAACACCAAGGGCCUGUUCUCUCAGAUCCUCCUGCCUGCCUUCUUUGUCUGCGUGGCCAUGACCGUGGCGUUAUCUGUUCCUGAGAUCGGAGAUCUGCCUCCUCUCAUCUUGUCUCCAUCCCAGUAUCAUAACUACACCCAACCAAGAGGAAACUUCAUCCCCUACGCUAACGAAGACAGACCCCAGUACAGGUCAGACAACAUUUACAGCAACAUUUCAUUCAGUUCAUCCUGUUUUUGA